AUGGGGAGGUCACCGUGCUGCGACCAGGACGCGGGGGUGAAGAAAGGCCCGUGGACGCCGGAGGAGGACAAGCUGCUCGUCGACUACAUAAAUGAGCACGGGCACGGGAGCUGGCGCCGCCUGCCCAAGCUCGCCGGCCUCAACCGCUGCGGCAAGAGCUGCCGCCUCCGCUGGACCAACUACCUCCGCCCGGACAUCAAGCGCGGGCGGUUCACCGACGACGAGGAGAAGCUCAUCAUCCACCUCCACUCCCUCCUCGGCAACAAGUGGUCCUCCAUCGCCACCAAGCUCCCCGGCCGCACCGACAACGAGAUCAAGAACUACUGGAACACGCACCUCCGCAAGAAGCUGCUGAACAUGGGGAUCGACCCCGUCACGCACCAGCGACGCACCGACCUUAACCUCCUCGCCGCCGGCGGAUUCACCAACCUCCUCGCCGCAGCCAACCUCGCGGCCGCCGCUGGUGGUCACGGUCACGGUGGUGGUGGUCGGGCAGCUGCUGGUGGUCCACUCGCUGCAGCCGCCGCCGCGCAUGCUAGCUGGGACAUCAACGCGCUCAGGCUCCAGGCCGACGCCGCCAAGUACCAGCUCCUAGAGGGCCUCGUCCGCGUCCUAACCGCCCCCGCCGCGCCUACCGUCGACCUCAUGACCCUCCUCGCCGCCGCCAAUGGAGGAGGGGCGGUCAGCGGCGUCGACCAGCAGAGCACCACCACCGCCAGCAGGGUCGUCCAGCAGUACGACGGCAUGCUCAGCCUGCCGGCGUUGACCAGCGUGCCGGCCGUCACGCAGGGCAUGUCGUCGUCCAUGUCCUCCGCCUACUCCCUCUACGGGCUCGCCUGGGACGGGCUCAGCUCCACGGAGCUCGGCCACAGCGGGGCCACCACCGGGACCAACAUCACUGCUGCCGCGAUGCCGCCACCUUCGGCACCGGCAGCCGAGGGGUGUAAUGCCGGCAACGGCGUCGGCACGUCGUCGAACCCAUCCCCGUGCGAGGAGACGCCGGCGUCGAGCCCGUUCGACGGCCUGGAGAGCCUCACCUUGGAUUUUGACCCCAACAGUGACAGUUGGAGAGAAUUGCUAGAGUGA